CACAGAAGAUACGACAACUUCCGGUAGCAUGAGAUUUGGAAAACAAGAUGUUUUUUCACGUAUCUCUUGAGCAUGAUAUAUUGCUUCAUCCAAGAUACUUUGGGCCAAACCUGUUAAAUAUAGUGAAACAGAAGCUUUUCACUGAAGUUGAAGGAACAUGUACAGGAAAGUAUGGUUUUGUCAUAGCUGUGACCACCAUUGACAACAUAGGAGCUGGGAUGAUUCAGGCAGGGCGCGGAUUUGUUAUUUACCCCGUGAAAUACAAGGCCAUAGUGUUUCGUCCAUUCAAGGGAGAAGUCCUGGAUGCCGUGGUCACCCAAGUAAACAAGGUUGGGCUCUUCACGGAGAUUGGCCCUUUGUCCUGCUUCAUCUCACGCCAUAGCAUUCCUGCAGACAUGGAAUUUGAUCCUAAUUCAAACCCACCAUGCUACAAGACGAAAGAAGAGGAUAUUGUUAUUCAGCCAGACGAUGAAAUUAGGAUCAAGAUAGUUGGAACCCGUGUGGAUGCCAAAGACAUAUUUGCAAUUGGAACUCUCAUGGAUGAUUAUUUGGGCUUGGUGAGCUGAUGGAUGCUGUCUUUAUAUAUAAGAUGGCCGACCACAUGUUCAGACUUCUUUUGUGAGUGUCACUUGGAGAUACCACAACAUUUUUAUGUUGUGAGGCAUCAAAAACAACAGAUCCUGAAAGAGUUACCAGACAAUUGUAUAUUCCAUCAUGGAGAUGUAUUUUUGUGCAGAUCAUGACACAGACUUUGACCAAUUAACUUGAAGUACUUGAGUUUGUGUUUCCCAUCACUGGUUAUUAUGUUUGCUGUAGUGCAAUUCUGACAGUUCCACAAGGACUGUUCUAGACAUACAGGAAGGAAGGAAAUUAUGUGGGAUGGAGGGGGGGGGGGGGGGGUUUAGACUGGAAAGUGAAAUUUUUGACGGGGGUUUGAGUAGUGUUCUGGAAAAUAUAUUUUUAAAAACAAAAACAAAAAACCUAAUUGCUUUGAACAGGGGGGUUCUACCCCCCAAACAAAACCCCAUCCCUUGUACACAUGACUGCAGAAUUGAUCAUGUGAGAGGGAGGGCUGCAGGGAUAACAUUUUAUUUAAGCAAGAAAAAAUGUAGCAGACCCACUGGGCAUACAAUAAUAAUUGCAGUGUUUUCUGCCAAAUUUAUGUUAACAUUUUUUUAUGGAACAGCAUUAAAUUAAAGAUUUCUUUGUAAAAACUCAGAAGAUUUUAAUGUGCUGGAUGACAACAGUUUUUUUAAUAAAAAUCUUGGAAGAAUAA